AUGCCAAAUCUUUUCAGUCUCCUGAGGGGGAAUAGGCGUUAUGGAGCCCUCUUCACGACUGUCUUGGUGUACUUUGUAUUUCUGUCGUUUCAAAUGCUUUUAUAUAACCAGCCAAAUGUUUCAUCCAAUGUUUCAUCCAAUACAUUGAUAGUUUGUUUGUUGGUAAAACAACACCAAACUCAAUGGUCCAGCAGCAGCUGUGUAAUAUAUAUUUAAUCUUAUCGUCUGUAUUGUAAGAUAUUCAAUUAUCCUGCCCAAGUAAUUUCUACGUGGCUACUAGUCUAGACUCUCAGCCACCAAACCCCCCCAUCACACCAAUGUUGACUGACAACUGGGGACAUUCAUUGUCCCCUCCCUCCCUGCCUCUAUUUUCUCCAAAAUGCGAACACUAGCUACCACAAAUCCCCCCAAGAGGAGAUUGCCCUUGGACUUUUAGCUCCACCGUCAUUGGGCGGUUCCCUGGCCUGGAUCCUGUUGUGCCCUGCAUGUGCAGCCAUGUGAGCAGCUGCUUAAAGCACAUGACACCUCCCACCACACCCUGCCCCUCCCCUCGCCCCCUCACUGCACUGCUUUCUCUGUCUAACUCUGUUCGGGCACCAAUGGACACACAGCUGGAUCGCUAUCGACCGAAUCUCUCUCUAGUCGGACGUGUUUGUCUUGAGUUCUGCUACUCAGUUUGGUCCUUGUUUGCCUACCACGACACCACGUCAGCAUGAGAACGCUACUGGACAGCAGCUGGAUAAAGUUUGGGCCAGCCGGCAGAGGGUCCAUUGAUUGGGUGACUGGGUCACCUUCUCCCCCAAUGGUGGAGAGACAGUUACAGGGCUACAACUGGAAUGAGCUGAGCCUCGACCAGGAAGUGAGGUCAGAGCUGCUCCUCUACGUGGUCCUCCCCGUCGCCUCCCUUCUCAUGCUGGGCCUCCUGGUACUCCUGGCCUACUGGAGGUUCUCCCCUCCAAAGCUCAGCCUGGACCUCCAGGACCCCGAGAGCAGCGUUGAGUUCCUCUCCUCGCUCACCAGCCACGGCGAACGCCGCACCAGCACCAGCUCUGACAUGUCGGACAGCUUUGCCUCCACCCCCUUCGAUGUGUAG